GUUUUCCUGCCUCUCCACGUAGAUCUGCAGUUGGCUGUGCUCUCUGCGGAGCUUUGUGUUUCUAGCUGUUCUCUGACAAAGAGCUUGUUCUGUGCUGCACAUCUCGUCCUCUUUGUUUGGCCUCUGGCUUCAACCACUGAAUCACAAAUAUUCUCCAGCUGGGAAUCAGAACAGGGCAGAAAUGAAGAACCCAGAAGCCCAACAGGAUGUCUCGCUUUCCCAGGGAGUUCGCAUGAUGUUUUACAUGAUGAAGCCCAAUGAAACUUCAUUCCAAACUUUAGAAGAGGUGCCUGACUAUGUAAAAAAGGCAACUCCAUUUUUCAUUUCGUUGAUGCUGCUUGAACUGGUUGUUAGCUGGAUUCGAAAAGGGAAGCCACCAGGUCGUUUGGAUGAUGCUUUAACUUCAAUAUCAGCUGGUGUUCUGUCUCGGCUUCCAAAUCUGUUUUUCAGGAGCAUUGAACUGACCACUUACAUUUAUGUCUGGGAGAACUACAGGCUCUUCAACUGGCCUUGGGAUGCUCCAUGGACUUGGUAUCUGGCCUUCUUAGGAGUUGACUUUGGCUACUACUGGUUCCAUCGCAUGGCCCAUGAGAUUAAUUUUAUGUGGGCCGGACACCAAACACAUCAUAGUUCUGAGGACUAUAACUUAUCCACAGCACUGAGACAAUCUGUCUUGCAGAUAUAUACUUCCUGGAUUUUCUACUGUCCCCUGGCCCUCUUCAUACCGCCUUCCAUGUAUGCUGUUCAUCUUCAGUUCAAUCUUCUCUACCAAUUUUGGAUACACACAGAGGUUAUCACUAACCUUGGUCCUUUGGAACUGAUUCUUAAUACUCCUAGUCAUCAUAGGGUUCAUCAUGGCAGAAAUCGUUACUGCAUAGAUAAAAAUUAUGCUGGUGUUCUUAUUAUUUGGGAUAGAAUUUUUGGAACAUUUGAAGCAGAGAAGGAAAAAGUUGUGUAUGGUCUAACACAUCCCAUUAAUACGUUUGAACCAAUCAAAGUGCAGUUCCAUCAUUUAUUUUACAUAUGGACUACAGUCUGGGACACACCUGGAUUCUUUAAUAAGUUUUCUGUUAUAUUUAAAGGACCAGGAUGGAGUCCAGGUAAACCAAGACUUGGAUUGAGUGAAGAAAUCCCAGAGGUCACCGGGAAAGAAGUUCCUUUCUCAUCAUCUGUGUCUCAACUACUUAAAAUAUAUACAGUUAUACAGUUUUCUCUGAUGCUAGCAUUUUAUGAAGACACCUUUGCAAGUACAGCUGCACUGUCACAAGUAACUCUGCUUCUGAGAGUCUGCUUCAUUAUCCUGACCUUGACUUCCAUCGGAUUUCUUCUGGAUCAAAGACCGGAAGCAGCCCUUAUGGAAACUCUUCGUUGCUUGGUGUUCUUACUGCUGUACAGAUUUGGUCACUUGAAACCUCUUGUCCCAUCCUUGUCAUUUGCUUGUGAGUGCACUUCCGAGCAUGUGGCUGAUUCUUUCAAGACAUGAUGUAUGUGACAUAUACCUGAUGCCCUUCCUGAAAGUCCGUUUGUCUUUCUCCUAAUGGCUAAAAGCAGAGGCAAUUUCAAGUGUUCAUUUUUGUCACUAAUCAUUUAUAUCUUUAAGAAAUGCUAUCUAAUCUUCCUUCCUCACCAAGAAUCAGAAUUACCAUUACAAACAAUGUUUUAGUGCCCAGAGUUACUUCUUAUGUCUGUAAUCAAACUGGAAUAUUAAACGUCUGCUAUUUCCUCUUAAACUCUUGCAAUUUCUGCUUACAUAAUGGGAGAGAGGUAAGGAGGGGAAAAUUUUUGUGUUUGUUCCUCUGGUAUUAUCUACGUAUUUAAAGACAACAAGUAAGUUUAAAUUUGCAUUUUUAUGAGGCUCCCUUUCCUUGUGUACACCUUUACCCACGAUGGAUGGAUGUGGUUUCUAGAUUGAACAUUAUUAGGUAACACAUAACAAAUGAGUGAAUUCAACUGUAUUAUCAACUCUAUCUAAACUGUAGUCCACUGUUAUUAUAGGCAUCAAAUAAGUUUAUGUAGGCUGAAAAAUUUAGUUAUUUAGAAUACUUAAUAUCUUGUGCAUGCCACAAUAAAAAAAAAGUUGGUUAAAAGGUAUAUUUUGCCUAAUAAUUUCUUAGGUAAAAUAACACAUACUAACAACAAGAACCAAAAGAAACAAGGCUGAACAACUUAUAAUUGUCAUCUCUCAAAAAAGUAUGCCUCAUUUAUCCUUCUCAAUGAACUCCAUAUGCUCAGUACAUUAUCCGUGAGCCAAAUUUCCCUUUAGUUAAAAAAUAAUGAUAAAGCUGUACACAACCUUCAACAACAUUCUGGAAUUUCAUUCUGAGAUGAAACAUCUGCUGUGCCAGCUUUUCCUAAAUAGGUUCAGAGCUCAGAGCAAAAUUCAGCUGUUUUGUAGUCAACUCAUUGGCAGUUAAAAUGUUCUCUCCUGAGAGAAAAUAGAAAUCAUUUUCUGAUUCUCAAAUAUGAGGCUUCUUCCUAGGAAUCAGGUGUGGUGGCAACUUUUCUAAUGAUCAAUUGGAUAUGCAGUCUCGGAGGAGAGCAGCUGUCUGGUAGGUAAUGGCUGCUUGAAACCCUCACCUGCAACCCGUAACUAUGCUGUUUAAGUAGCAUCAUUCUCUCUAGGUGCUUCCAUUAUCCAAGGGAAUUGACAGAUAGAUUGUAAAAGCCAAUAUGGAUUUUUGCACACAAUUUAUGCUAUCUUUUAUAUUGACUGAAUUUUAUAUACGCUGAUUUUUUUUAAUAAAAUUCAACACCAAUAAAUAACCUCAGUGGGAUCUAGGAAUAGCAGAAAGUGUGCAAAAAAGUAGUGUCUGUCCUAAUGUGUGUUUGUCUAUAACAGUAUUUGACACUGCUUGGAGUAACCUUAAAUACAAGUAUUUAAAUUACUGUAAUGAGAUGGAGAAAAAAACUUGACUCAGAUUACAGACAUAUAGUUGUUAUAAAUUAACAUCAUGAGGAAAGUCACUUAGUUCUGAAUUUCACCAUUUUUGAAGUCAAAGAAAUUAGGUUUUAAAGUUACUACAUUAUUUAAGAUUUCAUACUGGAUGCAUGAUUUGUAAAAAGAUUAAAUAGUUCCUAUUGGUUCACAUUCUCAUAAUUAGUCCACUGAAAAGACUGCAGUGUCCAGGAAUCUGUGAGAAAUGGGGGUAGGGGUUGAGUCUAGAUUUUUCAGAUUAUGGUAGAUGAGAACACAAAAGAACUGGCGUGACAGUGAUUCUAACUGUGCCUUGCAAGAAUCUACCUGAAACUCAUGGAAUCACCGUGUCAUUUUCAACCUGAAAAGUCAAUCCAAAUGAAUGAAAAAUCAAAGUAAAUAAAAAAGCAGAAAAACAAACAAACAACAACAACAAAAAAUAAAUAAAUAAAUAACCAGUUGACUUGCUAUAAAUCCAUCUCCAGACAAGCUUCCUCUCUGGCAAGGAUGUAGCUUACCAUGGCUCCAGGUCAGUGGAAAUGGAAUCAGGUUAUUGAUUUGUUCUAGGGAGCCUGGAACAAAUCCAUGAUUGGAAUAAUAUUGGGUAUUGAAACCAGUAUUUUUAAUGUAAAUGACAACAUGUCUUUAAGAAGGUUCCCUGAGAAUCUGUGCUUAAAACUGAUGAUAGGUCUAUCUACAUAGAGAACAUUCAGCAAGAUUAAGUUUUCAUCCAUGUGCCUACAGUAAAGGCUGCCAGAGGCAUGUAGUGCUUCCACUUUGUUCUAAUAAAAAGUUACUUACAAUCAUUAAGGUGUCAGAAGCCCCAAUAUUAGACACAUUAGUGGUUUAUAAUAAGCAUGUGGAAGUGUUUAAUCAAAAUGCAUUAGGCAGCUAAUUUAGGAAAACUUUGGGGUUCACUUUCCCACUUUUUUAUUAGUGAUACUAUGUAUAAAUCACGGUGCUAAAAUGAUUUUUUCCAGUUUUCUAAAUACUCUUCGGAUGAUUGCUGAAGGCUAUGGAUAAUUUUGGGUGUGAUUUUCCAUUUACUGUUAACCCAACCAAAACAAUAGACUUAUUUUAACCUGCAGUGAAGCUUUUAGUUCUGGCUUAUUCUGUUCUUCCAUAUGAAAAUCUACCAGAGAAAAGCAGAGCCAUGCUCUUCUCAGAUUUAACUCCAAUGAAAAUGAGUAGAUUCUCUGACUGUCCCAGGUGUUACAGAGCAGCAAAGGGAAAGGAAUUCAACUAAAGCUACAACACAGCAAUAUAAAUCUGAGGACUCUUCCCAAAUAACCAUUGAAUGUGCUCGAUAGCAUUGAAGUCCACUUAAAACAUUCCGAUUCUCUACUCGGGAGGCUGAGGCAAGAGAAUCGCUAAGCCCAGGAGUUGGAGGUUGCUGUGCGCUGUGUGACGCCAGGGCACUCUACCGAGGGUGACAAAGUGAGACUCUGUCUCAAAAAAAAAAAAAAAAAAAAAAUUCAGAUUCUUGUUACUCCCUUCAUACAGCCUUCCUUCAUUUGAUCCUCAAAUCUUUUUUUUUUUUUUUCUG